AAUGCCAUGCUUCCCAAGUACCUUCUCUCGUGAUAAACCGUAAAAAUAAUGGGUAUCUAGAAGUACUUAAAAUAAUAAUAAUUUUAAAAAUGAUUUUCAGCAAUUUAAAGUGUGCUUUGUUGAUCCGUCAGUGCGGUAUGGUUUUACUAGGCAAACAUUUGACAUACAAUCAGCUUAGAACGUUUAGAAACUGUGUGUUAAUAAAUUCAAAACAAUCAGUCACUUUAUCAAAAAACAGACCUAGGAAGUUAUCAGGAUUCGUUUUGGAUAAAUAUUCGUCGAAGAAAUUAUGCGGUUUAAAUAUAUGCAGGAGUCAGAUGAGAGGAUACUGCACGGAUGAUCAACCGAAGCAUGUCAAUGUCGGUACCAUUGGCCAUGUCGAUCAUGGCAAGACGACUUUGACAGCAGCGCUUACCAAAAUAACAUCAGAGGAAGGUCUGUCGAAGUAUGUUUCUUAUGAAAAAAUCGACCGGGCCCCUGAGGAGAAAGCCCGGGGGAUUACGAUCAACGCGUCUCACAUCGAGUAUUCGUCCAGGAAAAGGCAUUACGCGCAUACAGACUGUCCAGGACAUGCCGAUUACAUUAAAAACAUGAUAUCUGGUACUUCGCAGAUGGACGGUGCUAUACUCGUAGUGGCUGCAGAAGAAGGCCCUAUGCCUCAGACCCGAGAACAUUUAUUAUUAGCAAAACAGAUAGGAGUCAAGAAUAUUGUAGUAUUUAUAAAUAAAUGUGAUGAAGUUGAUCAAGAAGUAAUGGAACUAGUUGAACUAGAAAUCACCGAACUUUUAACAGAUUUUGGUUUUAGUAAUCAAUGCCCUGUGAUUUUUGGCUCUGCGUUAUUAGCGUUAAAAGGCGACAACUCGGAGCUUGGUAAAAAAUCAAUAUGGAAACUGCUAGAUGCAUUGGAUUCUUAUAUUCCUAUGCCUACGAGAGAUUUCACUUCGCCUUUUUUAUUACCGAUAGACAGCACGUUCAACUUACCCGGACGAGGCACAGUGGUAGUCGGAACGUUAAAACGAGGAGUGAUCAAUAAAGGCGACCCUGCUGAUCUUCUAGGUUUCGACAUAAAUGCCAAUACAAACGUUAAAGAUAUACAUGUUUUCCAAAAAUCAGUCGCAUCGGCCAAAGCCGGUGAGAAUAUUGGAGUUUUGUUAAAAGGCAUAAAGGGAAAUGAUAUCGAACGAGGUAUGCAGCUUGUAUACGCUGGUAGUCAGGUGUUGACGAACAGCUACGAAGCGAGUGUUUAUUUCCUGACGAAGGCUGAAGGCGGCCGGAGCAAGCCGAUAACGUCAAAAUAUAUACAAAUGCUCUUUUCAAACACAUGGAGUCUUACAUGCCGGAUCGAUAUGAUCGACGGCGAAAUGGCCAUGCCGGGCGAUCAUGCCAAAGUGAGGUUGACCCUGCUCAAAAGAAUGUCGAUGAACGAAGGCCAGCCUUUUACAAUCAGGGAAAAUCAGUUUACUGUCGGGACUGGAAUAAUAACAAAAAUUUUAGGAAGUGCAACUUUCACACAUUUAAAUAAAUACAAAAUAAAUAUUUAAA